GAUGUGCGGGAAGAUCCAGCCCUUCGAUCAUGAUCCAACGGUCGAUCUGGCUCCGCACCUUUGAACCUCCCCCAAGUCCCAUCGGCGGUUCCUCGGACUCUCGGCUUCCUCUCUGCUCCCGUUCGAACGAUCGAUCCGGGCGGUGACGAAGUGGAGGAGAGCAGAAGGGAUUCUGGCGGUCAGCGCAGCCGUCGCCCUCGUUAACAUCGGCCUAAACCUCUUCGGUUCUGCCAUCACAGCCCACGUACAGAGCAGAAGGAAGAAGCAACAACGACAAAGCCGUGAGUAAUAGAAAGCAGCGAGACUGAAAACAAAGUGGAAUUAAUGCUCCUGGAUAUGUGCAUGUGGAUCACACUGAUGGCAGAUAAAGUUUCAAGUGGCUGUUGUGUAGCCAAAUGUCUGAACAUGUGCAGCACAAGGGAGAUCAGGAUGCUGAAAUAUUGCUCCAGGUUUCUGGUAAACAAGUGGAGCACAAACAUGCCCUGGGGAUCUGGCUAAAGACUAAGUCAUGUCUAGAGGAUCUGAUUCCAGUGACUUCAAGCAUUUUCCACGUGGGACAAAGAAAAGAAAACUUGUAUCUAAGAAAGAAAUCAACUGAAACUCCAGCUUCCAUGCAUGAGUUAUUUGCUUGCAGAUGAAGAGCUUGAACCUGAGUUAGGACUGACGGGAAAACAGCAUCUUAACCAUCCAAGUAUCUCACCGGAGCUUGACCAUUUGAACAGACUUCAAAGUCCCAUGCCACCAGGGGAAAGGAAGGUGAGGUGGCGGAUGGGCUCCACCAUUUGAGGAGACAUGACUUUUCUUGGCUCAAAGACCCGAGCAUUUGGAGAACUCGAAGUUUUGGGAUGUUUCUUUUGGCCGUCACAAUUGGCUCGGCGAACGAUCGCAUAGAUUGGGAACCAAGCGAGGGGCAAGAAAGAAACCACUCGAGAGUCUACGUCGUCGCUCCUUCCCCUCCCUUCUUCGUCUUCCAAUUGGAGCAGAGGCCGAUGCAGAAGCGAGAGUAGGAAAGACCGCAUCUUCGAGUACCGAAGGGAGAGAGCCAUCUCGAUCGCUUCAGACCGUCGCCGGGUUGCUUCGGCCCUUUAAGUCGUGUUUGGGGGCGAGCGGGGAAAUUUGGUUUCUUGGACGAAUUGGGUUUUGCAGUUGAUUUUGUCGCUGGGGCGGUGUUGUUUGAUUGCAGCGGAGAUGGCAGUCUAACUAAUCGAGAUAAGCUGCAUCCCGAAACGGUGAAAGAAAAAAGUCAUCUUUGUCCUGAUAUGGAACUGGCAUAGGAACAUAUCAAAAAUUGCCCCAUUUUGUUAUCUAAUGGAAGAUGGGGAAGGGAGGAAUAUGAGGCUGUAAAUAGCAUCGACCAGCCAAGAAACUUAUUGUUCAUAACAGAUUCAACCCUGGGAGACAUUUUUAAGGCAUCGAAGUCUGUAUUAUUCUUUGACUUAAUAGCCAGUGUUCAAGCAUGAUUAAGCAGAUACUAAAUCGUCUCCCUCGAAAGCCAUCAAAGUCGUCAGAUAGUCGAGAUUCAGUUGGUGGGUCAGUGCCUCCGUCGUCAUCUUCAAGCAGCUCAAGAAGUGGGGACUUGCAAACCAGUAAGAUCACAAACCCAAGCAGUCAGGUCCCUCCUGGAUUGAGUCCUGCGUUAAAUAAUCUAAACAAAUAUGCUCCACCUGUUAAUUUGAAGCUUAAUGGAAAUUGUGUAAUCCCUGUCUACGAAGCAUUGCCGAGCUUUAAGGAUGUCCCUAAUUCUGAGAAGCAGAUCUUGUUCAUGCGAAAGUUGGACUUAUGCUCUGUCGUGUUUGACUUUACUGACCCAUCAAAGAACUUGAAAGAGAAAGACAUAAAGCGACAGACGCUGUUAGAGCUUGUUGACUAUGUGAGUUCAGCAAGUGGGAAGUUUCCAGAGACUGUCAUGCAAGAGACAACCAAGAUGGUGUCCAUCAACUUGUUUAGGAAUCUAACUAUUCCACCUCGAGAACACAUGGUUUUGGAAAAAAUUGAUGCAGAAGAGGAGGAACCUGUAAUGGACCCUGCAUGGACACACUUACAGAUUGUCUAUGAGUUAUUUCUACGGUUUGUUGCAUCUCCAGAGACUGAUGCUAAGUUAGCAAAAAGAUAUAUAGAUCACUCCUUUGUUCUUAAGCUCCUUGAUCUCUUUGAUUCUGAAGACCCCAGAGAGAGGGACUACCUAAAGACGAUACUUCACCGUGUUUAUGGUAAAUUUAUGGUGCACCGCCCAUUUAUCAGAAAGGCUAUUAACAACAUCUUUUAUCGGUUUAUCUUCGAAACAGAAAAGCACAAUGGAAUUGCAGAGCUUUUGGAGAUUUUAGGAAGUAUAAUCAGUGGAUUUGCUUUGCCUUUAAAGGAAGAGCAUAAAUUGUUCCUUGUGCGUGCACUAAUCCCACUUCACAAGCCAAGGUGCAUUGGUAUGUACCAUCAGCAGUUAUCAUAUUCCAUAACUCAAUUUAUUGAAAAGGAUUGCAAACUUGUGGAUACUGUUAUAAGGGGCUUGCUGAAGUACUGGCCUGUUACAAAUAGUUCAAAGGAAGUCAUGUUCUUGGGGGAGUUAGAAGAGGUCCUAGAAGCAACUCAGCCUGCAGAUUUUCAGAGGUGUAUGGUUCCAUUAUUCCGCCAGAUUGCUCGAUGUUUGAACAGUUCUCACUUUCAGAGUGGAACAUCAUUUGAAGGUUCACAAAUACAACAUCCAUUGCAAUAUUCUACCCAAUGGCUAUAAUUUCAUAGAAUUUGCAAUAUUCUGCCCAAUAACAAUCUGAGUAAUGAAUAUUUGUACAUAUCAGUAAGUACCUUUGGGGCUUGAUUCUACACUUUUAAAAUUAAAUUUAACUAUUCCAAGGAGUCUUGAUAGAUUAGCUCUUGAAACACUGAAAUCCUUUACUAGCAUAUUACAAUUUGUUGAUUUGUGUUGGGUUCGUACUUUCUUUUUGAUGACCAUGUAAAUAACAACAUAUAAAUAUGUCACCAAAACCUUGAAGAAUGCAGCCUCCUAGACCUAGUAAGGCCUUACAAUUACUUAUAAAUAUUAGUUCUUGGAGUAUGUAUGACUAAAAACUUGCAGAAUCUUGCCUUGAACUGAUUAAGAUAUAUGCUUAUCAGAAGAGAUGCUUAUAUUUAAGAUGUACUAUUAAGAUAUUCAUUUUAUGUGUUACACAACCGGCUCUGUUUUCAUUGAUUGAACCUUUUGCAUGGCAUCUUCGAUAUUUACACUAGAUGAUUUCUUUAUGGGCUUGAAGCUACCCAUCAGUUAUUAAGGUAUCCAUAAAGAUCCUUUUAGAUUUACAAUCUGGACAGAAUACCACCUUUUUCAAGAUUUUUAAAGGAUUCAUCCAGCAUGUGAUAAAAGCAGUGUUAUUAAACAUAUUACGUAUGGGAUUUUUAAUAAUUGCACAAGAAGUUGAUCUUUCUCAUAUCAUAUUUUUUUUUGCAAAUUAUGAAGUCUUGUGAUUAAGAUAUGGUAAAAAAAUUCUCAGCUAUAAAUUCUAAUGAUUGACAAUGCUAUGGAGGAAUUCGUUGUAACUGCAGUGGUACUGAAGUUAUAAUUGAAACUAUCUACAGUAUCAAUAGCAUAUCCUAUCUCGCUGUGUAUGCUUUAUUGUGGAUCGCACUAGUGCAUUUGUCAUGUUUACCAUUCCCAAAAUUUUAAAUUGGUUAGCUCGAAGGAUAGCUGUUGAACUCACAAUGUAAGUUCUUGUGAUAAAUUAUUGGAACUCCAAAAUUGGUUGUUCUGAUACUGUCAUAUAUUACUAAGUAUACAGACAUAGUUUGUUAAUUCUGAUGAUAUAUCAAAUCAAUGACCCUUCCUUCUCAACCCACCCAAUCCCAACCAGAACAAAAAACAAGAAAAAAGCAAUUGGUUGCUGAGCAAUAAUUUUAUCUUUGUUUGUUUUAUUUUUUCAUUGAACCUUCUCCGUGGGAUAUUUGU